AUGAUUGAUUUUUCAUACCUUGCUCCUCCAAAAGAAGCUCAUGAGCUUAUUCAUACAAGUAAGAAUUCAAUUUUUGAUUUUUAGAGGAUUAUAUCAAAUAUCAAUAGAAAGAGUAGGGAGUUAGGAGAAUCUAUGAAACAGUUGUUUAUGAUUAGUUUGAGAUAGAAAAGGUUAAAGAACUUAAGGAAGAGAUUAAAAAAUAGAAAAUAAUUCUUUCUUCUGAGUAAAAUAUCUAAAUAUUAGUUUAGUUGGAAGGAAAGUGAUUAUUUAAGAAUAAGUUAUGCUGGAAAAUUCAAUAAAAAAGAAAUAAUAAAAGUAUAAUAUUGUUGAUAUAAAAGAAACUUCAAUAACAUAUAGCUUGGAGGUGUAAUAAGAUUUAUUAAGAAAUUAACUCUCAUUCAGAAUAAUUGUUAAAGGAAGGAAUCUGUUAUCUUUUGGGUAGAGAUAAAUAAUUUAGACCAAUUAUCAUAAUGAAUGCCUAUUUAAUAGAUUUAAAAAAGGUAUAUAGUAAAUCUAUUAUAUAUUUAGCACGAUAAAGAAUUAAUCUUUUAAGUUUUAUCAUUUCUUUUGGGAAUAGUAAAAAAGAAUAUGUUUAUUCCAGGAAAGGUGGAAACAUGGGUAUUUCUUUUAGACACUGGUAAUUUAGGAGGUCAAGGUUUGUAAUAGAAAGUCUUUGAAGUAUUGAUUGAUGGGUUGAAUACUAAUUUCUCAGGUUAUCUUGAAAGAAUGUUUAUAUUAAAUCCUUCAAAUGGAUUUAACUUUUUAUGGUAAUAAAUUAAAAUACUUUUGGAUUCAGAGACCAUUAAUAAAAUUAGUUUUCUCUAAUAAAAAGAAUUUAUAUAAUUAAAAGAAUAUAUUGAACCAAAUUAAUUGGAAGAAAAAUUUGGAGGCACUAAAUCAAAUUUGAUAAAAUUUUGGUAUUUAUCAAUAUUCUAAUUAGGCCCCCUUAUAAUUUAGAUUUACCAGAUGGAUACACAAAAAAAGAUAAUAAAUCUAAUCCAAAAUAAGAUUUGAAAAUUUAAAAUAUGUAAAUUGAAGAAGAGGAAGAAAGUGAUCCAUAUGAUUAGGUAGAAUUCAAUUUGAACGAUUUUAUGAAAUAAUAACAAUAAAUGUAUUAUGGGGUUUCUAAUAAAAUAUAAUAGUAAAUUAAUGAAGAAGAUAAAGUAAUUAAAUUAUAAGAUUAAUCAUCAAAUAUAUAAAUUUUAGAAGUAGAACCUUAAAUAAAUCAUAAUUAAUCUUAAUAAAAUAAUUAAAAGAUUUCUUUAGAAGAACCUGAAUAGCCAGAUUUAUAACCAUAAAUAAUUCAUAAUGAUGAGGAAAAAAAAUAAAAUGUUCCUUAAAAUUAAGAAAUUAAAGAAAGUACUGAAUAAGUUAUUUUAACAGAAAGAUAAAAAAAUUACUAAUAAUUAGGCAAUGAUACAGAAUAAAAUAAAUUAUUAACUCAUGAUGAAUAAGGGUUUAAUUCAUCUGCAAAUAAAUUAAAUGAAGAAAGCCAUGGAGAAAAGAUACAGAUUUAACAAUUGGAUCCGGUGAACAAUGAUAAAGGAUGUUGUUAAAAAUGUGAAAUAUUUUGA